ACUAAGAUGGCUAUAGAAAGCAGUCGCCAUGCAACAUUUAAUCAGUUGAUAUUAGAGAACGUAUGGGCAAACUUCAUCGGUGGAGAAGAAGCAAAGACAAAAUCAACGUCGAAAUCCUGGGAAGGACUGCCAUGCCUCGAUGGGAGACAGGGUUCUUCAAUGGGAGCCGACGCCUGGGAGGGUCUUCUUGAUGGGAUUAUUCCUUUAGGUCAAUUCUGUAACGAUGGAACAACCAAAGAUAUAAGCCCUCGAGGUGUUAAAGUGAAUCCUACUAGAGUUGAGAAGGCGGCGACGAGAUACUACCGGGGAGUGAGACGAAGGCCGUGGGGAAAGUACGCCGCAGAGAUAAGGGAUUCAUCCAAGAAAGGAGCUCGGUUGUGGCUCGGAACAUUUGAAACAGCCGAGGAAGCCGCUAUGGCGUACGACAAAGCUGCUUUGAGAAUCCGAGGCCCCAAAGCAUAUCUUAACUUCCCACUAGAGAUGGUUCAUGGAGCCAUGGGAAUUGACAACACAAAAGGCAUUGAUUACUUGGACCAUUGUUCGUCGACUGCUGCUUAUCAAGGUCUUGGGAAUAACCCGAAAACGGUGUGUAGAGGUCGGGAGGAAAACGGUGAGGUUGAAGAGCCUAAACUAAAGAAACUGGCAACUGGUGAAGAAGAUGUGUUUGAGUUUCAGGAUUUGGGGAGUGAUUAUUUGGAGAGUAUGCUGUCUUCUUUUUAA